AUGUCUGGAAAAAAACGCAUUUUACCUCAAAGAAGGUGUAAUAAAAAUAAAAAACAAAUUGCAUUUUCAAGUGAAUCUUGUGAAGUGUCUGAAUAUGAUGACACGGUAGAUGUUGUUAUGCUACCAUAUCCUGAGAGUUCAGAUUCAGAAUCUGAAAACGAAUCUAACAAUUCUGAAGAUGUUAGUGAUGAAGAUAAUGAUGACGAAAAUGAAGAUAAUGCUGAUGAAAAUGACGACGCUGAUGAUGAAAACGAUGUUCAAGAAAUUGUUGAAAAAUUGUUAUCGUACCAUGAAGUUAAAAAAAGUUACUCUAACACUCAGAAACGUUUGCAAGAAUAUCAUGUAUACGAUUGGACAGAUGGAGAGAAAAAGUAUGAUGAAAUUCCAUAUAAUAAAUAUUUGUUAAAAGAUAAAGAUCGUAAAAUGAUUGCUAAUAGUACCCCUGUUGAAUUAUUUGAAAUGUUCUUUUGUAAAAAUAUAAAAGAAUAUAUCAUUGAAGCUUCGAAAUUUAACGGUUUAGAUAUAACAAUAGAAGAACUAAAUAAAUUUGUUGCCAUUAUUAUUCUUUCUGCGUUCAACAAAAGAACAUCUGAAAAAGAUUAUUGGUCCAAAAAUGAGUUACUCGAGUCCCCAGUAGUUAGAUCAUUGAUGUCGUUGAAAAAGUUUUUGAAAAUCAAAUCAAAAAUCAAAUGCUCCAAACCUACAGAUAAAAAUAAAAAAGAUCGUGCUUGGAGAGUUAGAGCUAUAUUAGAAAUUUUUAGGAAAAAUAUAAAACAGUUUGGUUUUUUUCAGAUAGGAUUAUCCAUAGACGAAAUGAUGAUUAAAUUUUUUGAGUUUGGAAUUUGUGGUGCUGAUGGAUACCUCUUUAACUGUGACAUAUACUGUGGCAAAGGCACUCAUAAUAAUGAAUUGUCAAGUAUUGCUCUAGGAAGCCAAGCUGUUUUAUCUAUGAGCGAAGCUUUACUGUCAUCAAUUUCUAGAAAGAAAAUUGAAGAAUAUCAUCUUUGGUUUGAUAAUUACUACACAAAUCCAGACUUACUUGUUCAUUUAAAAAAGCUUGGCUUACGAGCUACUGGUGUAAUUAGGAAAGAUCGUAUACCAGUAAAAAAUGAAAUUGAUAAAAAAGCUCCUCGUGGAACUUUUAAAGUUCAAUAUGAAAAAAAUAGCGGAAUGAACUUCGUAACCGUGGUAGAUUCUAAACAAGUUUCGAUUAUUUCAACUACAGCUCGUGUUACACCAACAAAAGAAGUGAAACGCUACUCCAAAGAAAAAAAAAUGAUAACUGACAUUUCUAUGCCACUUGUGUUUUCACUUUAUAACUUAUUUAUGGGAGGUGUUGACCUACACGAUCAGUACUGUAGUGCUUUAUUACCUAUUAUUAGAAGUAAGAGAUGGACUUGGCUAAUAUUGAUGAGAAUUAUCCAGUCUUCUAUUGCAAAUGCAGUAAUACUCUAUAAUGCUUGUUCAGGCAAAAAAAAAGUAAGCGCUAAGAAAUUCGCUUUGAGUAUUGUAGAUAGUUAUGUCAAAAACGCUAAAUUAGGUGAUUUGAAAAACCACAAUUUGAGGCUAACUAUCAGAAGAAGAGCUUGCAAUGAACAAGGAUGUGCUACUCGUACGUUUUACAUGUGCAAAGAGUGUAAAAAGUAUUAUUGUAGUCAAUGCUUUGCUAAUUUACACAAGUAA